GCGGACGGCUGGGUGUGCGCGCAAGCAGGUCCUCCCUGUUGUUAGGGGGUGAGCCGGGCCGGUUCGGGCUGGGUGGCGGAGGCUGUUCUCUGGGUUUUGGCGAUGGGUUCGGUCUUGACCGAGUCCGUGUGGGGCUGGUCCAUAUUCUCCUUGGUUUUACUGGCAAUUUUAGUGUUUUGCUGGACAUAUAUCCGUCGAUACCAGAGUCAACAAGAAAGUGAGGUUGUCUCCACCAUAACUGCUAUUUGUGCACUUGCUGUCGCACUGAUCAGUUCAUCCCUGCUACCUGUUGACAUAUUCCUUGUUUCUUAUAUGAAAGACUCCAGAGGGUCUUACAAGGAAUGGGCAGCAGAUAACAUCACAAGGCAGAAUAUUGAAGACACUGUGCUGUAUGGAUAUUAUACCUUGUACUCCAUCAUCCUGUUCUGCGUCUUCCUAUGGAUCCCAUUUGUCUACUUCUACUAUGAAGAGAAGGAGGAUGAUGAUCCCAAUAAAUGUUCUCAAGUGAAGAAUGCACUGAAGUAUACCCUGGGUUUUGUGUUUGUCUGUUCCAUCCUUCUCUUAAUUGGUGCUUUUGUUCCUUUGAAUAUCCCAGCGAAUCAGAACUCCACGGAAUGGGAAAAGGUGAAGCUUUUAUUUGAGGAGCUAGGAAGCAGCCAUGGCUUGGCUGCCUUGUCUUUCUCCAUAAGCACCUUAACCUUGAUUGGGAUGCUAGCAGUAAUAACCUACACAGCUUAUGGUAUGUCUGCAUUACCACUAAACCUGAUAAGAGGUACAAGGAGUGUGGUUUAUGAACGAUUGCAGAAUACUGAAGACCUUGAAGAAGUGGAACAGCAAGUGGAGAAGAUUAAAUCCAAGUGCAUGGAUGGUCGUCCACUGUCCACAGGGGACCGAAGAACUUUACAGAAACUGCAGGCAAAGUUGCGAACACUUAGAAGACAAGACAGACACCUGGAAACUGCGGAAAGAAGUUGUUGGUUGAAGUUUUGUUGUGCUCUACGACCCUUUAAGAUUGCUUUGGGGAUAUUUUUCAUCUUGGUGGCCCUUUUGUUCGUUAUUGCUCUCUUUCUGUCAAACCUGGAUAAAGCACUCCAUUCAGUGGGUUUUGAUUCUGGAUUUAUAAUAUUUGAAACCAACUUGGCAAAUCCUUUGAAUGAGUUGCUGCUUGUUCUACAGACAGUUUUCCCAUUGGACUAUAUCCUUAUUGCUAUCAUCACAAUGUACCUAGUCUUCACUUCCAUGGCAGGGAUCCGAAACAUGGGCAUUUGGUUUUUCUGGAUAAGGCUGUACAAGAUUAGACCUGGCCGAACACGGCCUCAAGCUCUUCUUUUUCUUUGCAUGAUUCUGCUGCUGAUGGUUCUACACACGAGCUAUAUGAUUUACAGCCUUGCACCCCAGUAUGUUAUGUACGGAAGUCAAAAGUAUCAAGAGCAUGCCAACCGUACAUCAUUUGACUCAAGACAAGAGAAUUCAAAUGCAACUUUGGUGACAAGGAUGUGUGAUGCAAAGGCGCCUGAAGAUCAGUGCACAGUGACAAGAACAUUUCUCUUUCUUCAUAAAUUCUGGUUCUUCAAUGUUGUGUACUACUUUGGAAACUGGGCUUUCAUUGCAGUCUUCCUAAUUGGGCUAAUUAUCUCCUGCUGCAAAGGGAAACGAUCGGUCAUUGAAGGGGAGGUAGAUGACGACGAUUCAGAUUUAAGUGACGACGAUCUCAUGGAGAGACAUCGCAUUUAAAUCUAUGCUGUGUUCCUCAGCUUUAGCUUCUGCACACUGUGGGGGUGAAAAAAGAUCUCUAAUCUAUUUACACUGACGUGUUUAAACUGAUCUAGAAAAGGGGUUGCUUUUGUUCCUCUUUUGAGUGCAAACUUUGAAGAAGGGGUACAGGAGAUGUGUGAAGUUGUAAAAGGGAAAAAACUGAAUCCAUGCUGUAAAUUGUAUUAAAUUCAGGCAUACUGCUAAAUAUCUUUUUUUUUCCAAAUGCAUUAGAAGGGGCUGCUAAUUUUUUUAAUGGUUUUAAAUGGAGCAGACUAAUUUGCAGAUCGCUGCAUGUAAUCUCUAAAAUUACAUUCAAUAAGUGUUUUUUGCCUCUUAACAUUAAAUUGCAAUCUUGGAAAAUUUGCUAAUCUUAAUUUUGUGGCUGCAUACAGAAUUUAAACUGGGUAUUUUAUGGUUUAGUUAAAAUUGUUUUCAUGGUGUUGUUCACUAAGUAAUCACUGACUGUCGAGUUUAAUUGCACAGUUUAAAAAAAGCAAUCUACUGUCAUCUGUAAGUUACUUUUAUAAUAAAAACAACCACAGAAA